UCUUUCACGGUACUUUCUCGCGUAAAGAUGAUCUUCAAAGUGGGAUUCUUAACGUUUGCGCUCGCAGUUUCAGGUGUUAUUUCAUCAGAAGAAAAUGAAUUCAACGUUGGCAACCUGGACUUUACGUUAAAGUUCUUCCGCAACCACUACAACUCGUCGAGUAACUCGAUCGUGUCCCCGAUUUCGGUUCGGUUGGCGUUGGCAGCCCUGUACCAAGCGGCAGGACCCAAGCUGGAUCCCACCUUUCAGCAAGCGAUCAGCAUUCCCACUAAAAAUAAGAAGAAAAUUGCGGACGAUAUUCGUGCAUUUCUGGAAACGACCAACAGCGAACAUCUCCGAGUGCUGUUCAAGGCCUACAAACUGGACAAAGCGCUUGAUCCGACGUUCGAGAAGGCUUUGCAGGACGUGUUUGGAUCGAGCAUCGAUACCGUUGAUUUCAGGGACAGGGCCAAGGUUACCAACGUGGUCAACAGGUGGGUAUCGGACGCAACGAACCAGCUGAUCGAGAAGUUCGUCGAGGAAAGCAGCAUCGAUCCUUCGACGGAGUUCAUGCUUAUCAACGCCGUUGCUCUGGAAGCUCGCUGGGCCAACAAGUUCAGCCCGAAUCAAACCCGUCAGAUGACGUUCCACUUUGAAAAUGGUGAUCGCGAGGUACAGAUGAUGAGCCAGGUCAUGUCGGUGUCAUACAAGAUAGCUGAGGACUUUCAUGCAGCUGAACUGCUCUACACGGAGAAAUCAGAUCUAUCAAUGUGGAUCAUCUUGCCGCGGGGUCGCGGAUCGUUGGGUGACCUGGUCGGUUCGCUGACGCCCGAACUACUCUCGAACAUCCGGUUGGGCGCAAAGACGGUUUCACUGAACGUGGAGCUGCCACGGUUCACGAUCCGGAACGAGUUUGACGUAAACCGGGUGCUCGAAAAGAUGGGCCACGGUGGACUGUUUGGCAACGCGGACUUGCAGGUGUUCACCGGACCAAAGUCGGAGAUCGACGACAUUUUCCAGAGCGCGGUUAUCAAAGUGGACGAGGAAGGCACGGAAGCAUCCUCCGGAACUAGGGUCAACGUGAAAUGGCGCGUUGGACCGCGGCCCUUCUUUGCCAACAAGCCGUUCAUCUUUUUCAUACAAAAGCGCUCGACAAAUACGAUUCUAUUCAUAGGACAAUAUUCGAACCACGAGGACUAGGGUUCGGUCUUACCCCGGGGAACCGGUUCCCUGAGACCGGAAAGUGCAAAUAUCAGGGGGCGCCGCAGGUUGCACCACUUUCACCUGGUGGAAUAACUUAAACCCUUGUAAUAGA